AUGAGUCGUCUUCCGUCUGUCUCCAGUCUAAUGUCCCCUCCAGAGUCAAAACCUCUGGAGAGUUUCAAUUCGACUACGAUGUCCAGUUACACACUGUCGCAGGAUCCAACAUAUAGUCAUAGUAUGGAACUACCUCCCAUCUCAGGCGAUCGGAAGCGUACGCAGUCAGAAAUGAAUUUGCCGUCGCCGCCCGUUACGCCCUAUACUGGAACAAAAAAGAGGAAAUCAAGCACUUCCGAACAUAUUGACAAAGACACUGUCGUUGGCACAUCCAGAGAUCCUCUUCUUUUCCCUCGACAUGAGUCUUUAAAUGAUUUUGCCACUGAUGAACCUUUGUUUGGCCCCAUGCUUCCGAACACAGCGGAAGCGUUGGUCAAUCAGCAUAUCAAUUCUCACAUGGCAAGGUUCGAGAACAAACUAAAUAAACCGACGCGUGACGAGUAUCUUCUAGCCCUUUCAUGCGUACCGAUUGUAUCUUCGCAGUUUAAUCGCGAUCCAGCAGCAUGGGCCAGACAGGAGCGAGAAACAUUAGAGCGUCAGUUGCUACUGAUGAACCGUCAUUGCCCCCAGUCAACCAAGCCCAAGCUCAAGAAACUCGCACCAGCACCGUUGAAGAAAAUGGUGGCUGUACAACCCCGCGUUCCACGGAUUUCUAGAGUCAAACGAACUCCGAAAUCUACACCAAAGCAGAGGUCUCUUGAGCAUUUUGAGCUGCCACCGUUCAGCGCAAAGCAGGCUCGCACUUUAGGGACGAACCGGGACGAUAUCGAUUACAGCUCCAUUCAAGACUAUUCCCCGUCAAUAAAGACUCUUGGUGGCAAUGAAAAGGCUUUGAAGGCAGAUUGGAAAGGACAGGUGUUAGACCUCAGUCGUGACCCAGAUAGGCAUUUACUCAGCUCGGCAGAGCUCAGCCUUGCAGCGACUUUAAGGCUAUCAUGCGCAACAUAUUUAUGCAGCAAGCGGCGGAUCUUUGAAGCUAGAGUUAAAGCCCUGAAUGUCGGUAAGGAGUUUCGAAAGACAGACGCCCAACAGGCUUGCAAGAUCGACGUGAACAAGGCAAGCAAGUUAUGGACUGCAUAUGAACGCGUGGGCUGGUUCAAUCCAGAACACUUUGAACAGUAUCGUCGAGAAUAG